GCCUACUACGUUUUUCCUUUUCUUGUUUGAGCUUUAGUUUUCCUCCUUCGGGUUUAAAUCUCUGCUACCCUUCAAACGAAAUUUUAGAUUUGAGAGGAUUUUGGAGAUAUGGGGAAUGCACUGAGGUUCCUGUACAGCUAUUGCUGCAAGCCAGCCACCGGUGGAGACGCCGGAUCACAUGGCCCCCAAGGCGUCUCGACAGCCAACGUUGGGGUUUCAGCUCUUGCCCAUGAUAUCUUUCAGUUUGAAAUCACCUCCCAGGUUCCUGAAGGGCUAAGUAAGCAUGUGGUUUCAUCCAGGAAGGCUCAGGCUAACUGGUAUAGAAAGUUACUCGAGGCUUGGAGAGAAGCAAAACCCCCACCAAAAACACCUGAGGAGGCUUCAAGGUUUGUCAUUCAGACCUUGAAGAGACAUCAAAAGGCAGAUGUCGAGGGAUUAUUGGCAUUCUAUGGUCUUCCUCUUCCUCAUGCGCUUGUCCAGCCAUCUGCUAGCGCCCCAACAUCAUUGCCUCAGGGAGUCAAGUUUGAAUUGCAGACUCUACCUGUGGAUGUGAAAGCAAUACCAGAUGGAGAUACCAUUACAGUGUAUGUAAGUACUACAGAUCCCAGGGAGUCAGCAAAUGUACCUAGAGAUGUGCAAUUGGCAGCAAUUCAAAGAUCAGAAGCACGAGCUGAGAAGAAUUAUACAGAAGCAGAUGCACUUCACAAGAAGAUUACUGAUGCAGGAUACAGGGUCUUGAAUCUUCAGAAUCAGGAGAUCCUUGCUCGAAAGUAUCGCAUCAGGCUAAGGGGUAUAGAUGCGCCGGAGAGUUCAAUGCCUUAUGGCAAAGAAGCAAAAGAAGAGUUGGUUAAACUUGUUCAAGGGAAAUGUUUACGAGUUCUUGUUUAUGGAGAAGAUCGUUAUGGCCGUUGUGUUGGUGAUAUAUACUGUAAUGGCAAAUUUGUACAGGAAAUAAUGCUAAAAAAAGGACUUGCAUGGCAUUACUCAGCCUAUGACCAACGCAUAGAACUUGCAACUUGGGAAAAAGAGGCUCGAGCAAAACGAGUUGGUUUGUGGGCUUCAUCAAAUCCUGAGAAACCAUGGGAAUGGAGAAAGGACAAACGAGAAGGUAGAUGACAUUGUCUUGAUAGAACAAAUAAACUUACAGUCCGUUUAGUAACCGAAAAAUGAAUUGUUGAAGGAAAAUUUUUUUAAAUAUUUUUUGUUAUUUGGAUAAACUGUUGAAAACAUUUUCUAUUAGUUGGAUUAUUUUAUGAAAAAUAUUUUCUAUCAUGGUGGAUUUAUUUAGGUG